CCAAUAAUUCUUCACAUGCUAUUAGUAUAGCAAAUUCUAUACUUACUGCAAAAAUCUAUAAGAAGAUAUAUUAUUUUAUUGGGUUUGAAGAUCUUAAAGAUUCUGAAUCUCAACUAAACCAUUCUAAAAGUGAAGUUAAGAAGUUAUUUUCUUUUGAGACAACAUCUUUUGAAAUAUCUGAUAUUGAAAAG